CCGUAGGUUUACUGUUGUCACUCUAGUUGUCACUGUCAACGAAUUCUACCGGUAGUUUUAGAUAAAAUGUUGAGGUUCGGAUAAUAAGCUUCAUCAACUUUGUUUAUCAACGAUCAUUAUUUCAAUUAUGCCAAAAUGAGUGUGACGUUACAUACCGACGUAGGUGACAUCAAAAUUGAAGUAUUUUGCGAACUUUGUCCAAAAACAUGCGAGGUAAUUAUCGGUCAAAUUUCAUUUACUAACCUCUUACAUGUUCCGUUAUUCCAAGACUUAUUCAAUUUUUUGGCCCUGUGUGCAAGCGACUAUUACAAUGGUUGUUUAUUCCAUCGGAAUAUCAAAGGUUUCAUUAUUCAAACCGGUGAUCCAACACAUACUGGAAAGGGUGGUACUUCCAUUUGGAAUCGUAAAUUUGAGGAUGAAUUCAAAGAAGAAUUAAAACACAAUGCUAGAGGUCUUGUAUCAAUGGCAAAUAAUGGCCCCAACUCAAAUGGAAGUCAGUUUUUUAUAUCGUACGCACCACAGCCACAUCUGGACUUGAAAUACACUUUAUUUGGCAAAGUAAUCGAUGGGCUUGAUACCCUUGAGGAGUUGGAAAAGCUACCAACAAAUCCAAAGAACUUUAAACCACUUACAGAGACAAGAAUUAAUACAGUAACAAUUCAUGCAAACCCUCUUGCAGGAUGAUUAGAUGAAAUUAAGUGAAUAACGCAUUUCCAAUCGGAAUCAUUGUAAUAAAAGGUACCUGAUAUUUUGUGACAUCGAAUUAGGUUUGAUGUUACUACAGUAAUUCUAAAAAAUAAUUGCAAUAGUAAUAAAUCAAAUAAUAUCACA